AUGCUCCCAAGAACCAAGAGACCCGAAGCCGUCUCAUUCGGGGGCCUCGCCUCCGCCACCAACCUCCCACGCGUCGCGCAGCUCGUACAGAAGCGCAGACAGACCAACCCCAACCCACGACUAUGUGAGCGGUGCCAGGAUUGGGACGUCCCCGACUUUGCUGCCGGCCUGGGUUCCAAGGCACACCACUACCUCUCUUUGGAGAACAUCUCACUUCGAUCGUCAAAUUGUCUCUUUUGCUGCGCGAUCGCCGCGGCUGUCGAGGCGCGCCGGCGGGAAGAUGACUGGUUACAUGACUGCUCCGAAGCCUGCUUGUUCGUUACAGUCCAGGGCCCUUUCUUCCUUGACUCGGGAUUAGCUGAGGACCAGAAGUAUCGGUUGUUCGCCUCUUCCGAUGAUGAAGUUUCUGUCAGGUUGUUUCUGGAAUUGACUCUGAGUGCCGUGCCAGACAAGUCGAAGCUGGGGGCUUUGGGUUCGCUCCCAUCUCCUUUUGCGGUCACGCCUCAGUUUCUCUUCAGAUACUCGACAGAUGAACCUCAGAGGCUACAGGCAAUUGAAAUUUGGGAGGCUGAACAUUUUGACGUUCAGACCUUGAAGGUUUGGAUUGAUGGCUGCGAGAUUCUUCACGGCCACCACUGCGUGAGCAAGUACAAGUCGAUUGAUCAUCUACCCAUCGGGUUCAGGGUCAUUGAUGUCCACGAAAUGAAAAUUGUCAAGCCGUUAAGGCCUAUCCGCUUCGUUGCUCUCAGCUAUAUGUGGGAAGCUUCCGAGGCACCGGGACAUGCCCAACUGGAGACGACAAACGCAGAGGACCUGGAAGUUCCGGGGAGCCUCAAGUCUGUCAAGCUACCACGCAUCAUUCUGGACGCGAUUUCUCUUUGCAGAGAUCUUGGAGAGGGCUAUCUAUGGGUGGACCGUCUUUGUAUCGUCCAGGAUGACGAGCGAUCGAAGCCCGACCAAAUUGACGGGAUGGACCGGAUCUACCAGUCUGCGUCUUUCUCAAUCCUGGCCGCGCUCAACGAUAGACAGGGAAAUGGGUUUCCUGGAUAUGCUGGCAACCCUAGGAGGCCUCGCGCCUCCUUAUGGUGCCCGCCGCGGAACCGGAACGUUGGGAAGGGUAUUGACCCGAACGGCCUGCAAACAGUAGUCGACGCAUCCCUGUGGAACCGAAGAGGAUGGACAUUCCAAGAGAGGCUACUUUCCAGGCGCAGCAUCUUCAUCACGGAGCACCAGGUCCUGUUCCAAUGCUGUCGGGGUCACGCCGCCGAGGAACUUACUUGGGGACGAGGACGACAUGAAGUUCCUACAAACGUGUUCAGUAAGGAAGCAGAUACACCCCAAGCGGAAGAGUCCAUCAAUGAACACGAUUCAGAAGCCCAUCAUACAGCUCAAGAAGACAUCGACGAAUCAAAGACCGAGAAGAAACCGUUCCGCAUGCCCAGCAUCCCCGGCUUCUAUCGCCGAGCGCUUCACAGCAAAGACGCACCAGUCAAGUUACGCGGCCAAGUAUCACUAGCAAACUAUUGCCAAUGGGUCGAAGAUUAUACCUCGCGACAGCUCUCCCGCGAAACAGACAUCCUCAACGCCUUCGCGGGCGUCGGCAACGCCGUAGGCGAAUCCAUGCGCACAAAGAUGACGUUCGGCCUGCCGGACAUGUACCUCCCUCAAACGCUCAUGUGGAGCCACACGGGCGCCGUACGCCGUCGAGAUGACGCGGGUUUGAAUAUCCCGAGUUGGAGUUGGGCGGCGUGGUCGUCGGUCGAGGGAGGUAGCGCCGCUAGUUAUCGGUGGAUUCACGGUAAUGCGCGACUGUACGAUACCAAGCUCGUGCGGAUCGUGACGAUGGUGCAAUUUCACGUACAUGAUGCCAGACGCGUCUCCUCAAGGCAUGAAGACGACGGGAAUGGACUGCGUAAAGUCAAGGUGACGGAGAGGUGGCUGGGCAGCUGUAUGCAACUGGCCAGGAUGAGCGGGAUCGAGAAGCUGCCGCCCUUGCAGAGGAAGAUGGCCGGCGGCAAGUUCAAUGUCUCCGAGGAGACGAACGAGAAGUACGUCGCCAUGUGGCGGGAGUGUCCGCACAGCCCUUGGGAGGCUCUCGCGCACGUGGAGCUCGAUCCGGAGGCCAUCGAGGUAGCCGCUGGCUUACCGGGGGCGCUGGUGUUCAACACGACUGUUGCCUCGCUCCGAGUCGGGAGGGAUCGGAGGAUGAUGGGCGCGAGGAGGGGUGACUGUGAGGAUGCAGAGAUUCUGGAUAUGAUGGGGAGACAUGUUGGGUAUCUGGAUAAGAUGGACACCCGUUGGAUUUCAGGACGAAAAGGAGCGAGGGAUCGGAGGAUGUUGCUCGAUUUCAUCGUCAUUAGUGCUUCUGUUGACACUGAGGUUAGCGAGAGCAAUGAGUGGGCGUUUAUCGAGGGGCAGUUUCAUGAGAUGUGGCGGUUUAAUGUCAUGCUUGUUGAGAGGGUGCCAUGCAUGCCGUUUGUUGCGAGGAGGGUUGGGGUGGGAUAUGUGUGGCUUAGCCAGUGGAGGGACUGUAACCCUCGUUGGGAGACUGUGGUUCUUUGCUGA